CACGUGUCACAAACUUGAUGGGUCGCUGACCUUUUAACUGCCAGGCCCAGUAACAAUGCAAUUGCUUCCCCUGAAACUCAAUUAUCUUUGGAAAAUAGGCAACCUAGUUACCACAAAAUGACUAAGGAUAAUGAAUACGGGAUUAUCAUUCUCCAUGACCCAUCAACUACCGAUGGGAAAAACCGGGCUUAUAAGACCGUUUUCGAUUUAAUUGCGAUCCAUGGCCUUAAUGGGGACCCUAUCAACACAUGGACCCACACUGAAACUGGAGUAAUGUGGUUAAGAGAUCUUCUACCUGCAGUGAUUCCAGACAUUUGUAUUAUGACUUUUGGAUAUAAUGCCCGCUUCAAGAAUUUCACCGCGCAGGCCUUAGGCACCCCUCAUAACGGUAGCAGCCUUGCAGCCAUGGGAAAGGUCCUGGCAAAUAUUGUCUCAGCAUUUUCGCCAAUCAGGGCUCCCCGUGCGCUUAUAGGGAUGCUGCAGAAGGACUCAGAGGUCCUGUUAGAAAUUACUGAAGACUUCCUCAAGAGGAGGAGGAAAGUUCAACUUGUAUCCUUCUAUGAGCUUGAGUUCACUUCCAUCGGCCCCUUUUUAAGAAGACUGAUCGUCGAUCAGUGCUCUGUGAUUCUAAAUGUUCCCUACGAAAUCGCUGUCCCCCAGUUUGCCGACCACAGGAACAUUGCUAGAUUCAGGUCUUCGCAGGAUCGGUCCUAUCGACCUGUGGUUUCUCGGCUGAAAGUCUUUGCCCAGACCCUACGCAGUGGCUAUCCGAAAUCCUCUAUUUCAUUAGACUUAAGAACGCAGCCAUGCUCAUUCUUCUGCGGAAGAGAUGAUGUAUUUAAUAUGCUGAAGACGUUCUUCUAUGAAGACCAGGGGCAGGCUCAAGGCAGAUGGACAUUUGCAAUAUGUGGUCUUAACUUUGACCACUUACAUGAUCUUCUUAAGCUUGGAGAUUCUAAGGAUAAAAUUAGUGCUGUUAAAGGCUGGCUAUCUUGGCCUGAAAACACGGAGAACGGCCACAUUCUGAGUCCCCUGAUGGAAAAUGAUGCGGUGCAACUACUCCUUGAAAAGUUAGGGAUCCAGAACCCUACCGCAGGGGAUAUUGAAGACGCAAGGACCAUUACAGGCCUUCUUAGGUCUCUUCCUCUUACUUUAGUACAGGCUGGGGCAUUUAUUCGCUCAAGGCACAGAAGCCUUUGGGAAUAUAGUAGGUUGUAUAUGACGCAGCGGGACUAUUUACUUGGCUUUAUAUUAUAUCUUGGAGACUCUGAAAAGGCAGUAUUAACAACCUGGGAAAUUAAUUUUAAAACUAUCUUUAAUUCUGGAAAUGCUGCUACAUCAAGGCUCCUCUCCUCAAAGAAGAUGGGGUGA